UAAAUAGUAGUGGUGGUCGUAGCAGCAUGCCGCAGCCGCUCCUGAUUCCUGGAUGCCGGCGGGGCUUGCAUUGCCGCCUCUAAGAGCGGCUCGGCGAAGCUUGGCCGAUUGUCGCACCUGCAGCCAGGUACCAGCCAGGAGGAUGCUCGUGGCGGUGCUGCGCGCCAGAAGUGAAGCGAGGCGAGGCGAGGCGAGGCGAGCGGCAAGGGAAGCCCUCGCUCUCCCUCCCCACCCUCGGCUUGUGGGCAGCUGGCCCUUUUUUCCCCGGCGUGCGCAAGCGCCAAAGGCCGCCCCUGGCAGCUUGCCGAGAGAGCCGGAGCUCCUUCUGCCGCCCGGAGCGGGAGCCUCGGGCAGGGCAGGAGGACCCCCCUCGCCCGGUCGGAGCUCGCCUCGCGUCCGAGGCGGGCCUGGGCGGCCGCGGUUCCAAAAGCGCGCAGGGGUCGCCGCCAUGCGCCAGGCCUUGACUCAGCCGCGCGCUAGUGCGAUCCCCAUCUCCGACUCGGCGGGGUCUUUCAAUAGAAGAAAAAGAAAUUCCCUCUACGUAACAGUGACUCUACUCAUUGUGUCUGUAUUAAUACUUACGGUUGGUCUUGCCGCUACAACAAGAACCCAAAAUGUGACUGUUGGAGGUUAUUACCCGGGGGUUAUUCUUGGUUUUGGCUCAUUUCUUGGAAUUAUUGGAUCAAAUUUGAUAGAGAAUAAAAGGCAAAUGCUGGUUGCUUCCAUUGUGUUUAUCAGUUUUGGUGUCAUUGCUGCCUUCUGCUGUGCCAUUGUCGAUGGUGUCUUUGCCGCCAGACACAUAGAUCUUAGGCCACUGUACGCAGGACGGUGCCAUUACUACUCAAAGAGUGCAGUGCAGCCGCAGGUAGUCUGUCACCCCCAGCACCGGGGGCCCUGCACACCUAAGAUCAAAACCAACACCUGCUUCUGCUGCGACCUGUACAACUGUGGAAGCAGAGUGGAGAUUUCUGGUGGCUACUAUGAAUACAUUGACGUGAGCAGCUGCCAGGAUAUCAUCCACCUUUACCAUUUGCUCUGGUCUGCAACCAUACUGAAUAUCGUGGGCUUGUUUCUUGGGAUCAUCACGGCAGCGAUCCUUGGCGGCUUUAAAGAUAUGACUCCUUCGCUUCCUGCUCUUAACUGUGCCGUUGAAAAUGCACGGCCCACCGUGUCCUAUUACUCGAGACCCCAGGUGACUUCGUACAAUACGUAUUAUCACAGCACCCCCCACCUACCCCCCUAUUCAGCGUACGACUUCCAGCAUUCCAGCAUCUUUCCAGCCUCCACCCCAUCCGGCCUCUCCGAUGACUCUCCGUCGUCACCGUCCCCAAGCUAUGUAUGGUCUCCCACGGCUCCCCCUCGCUACUCUCCGCCAUACUUCCCGCCUUUUGAAAAGCCUCCGCCUUACACGCCGUGAAAGAGGGGAGAGAAGCAGAUGCCUUGCCCGCGGAACGAAUGGUCAAGCUUUUGUACUGGGGUGGGUGUGGGGUGGGGUGGGGUGGGGGAGGAGGACAGGGCAUAAGCGAGCAUACCUUAGAAGAUAAAAUAGGAGACCCUUGCUACACUGUCCUUUAGUAGCCUGUGCACACCGAUGCUCAUUUACAGCAGUGGGAAAUGGGGAUUGCCAUUAUUUUUUUCCCUUAUCACGGCUGCUAUUGACCUUAAGGGCAUGCCCUACUGUACCAGAACUUCCCAGGUUCACUCCCUGGCAUCUCCAGGUAGGGCUAGGAGAGACCCCUGCUGGAACUUUAGAGCUGCUGCCUGUCAGUGUAGGCAAUACCCAGCUAGAUGGACACCAACGGUCUGACUCCGUAGAUGGCAGCUUCCUAUGUACCCUCUUUUGCUUUGGGCAAAUUGCUUGGCUGAAGGUGGCGCGUGGCUAACCAGGACUUCUCGUUGCUCCAGCCCACCCUGCUUUUAUGGAAGGUGCUUUUAUAGGGCGGUACUCGUUUGCUUUGUCGGAUGUGUGCAGCCUGUGGGUGGAACAACUGCUGGAAGCAGAAUGUAGUCUUAACUACACCAAUGUGAGCCAAAGAACUUGAAUAUAAAAUGAAUGUUCUAAACUGCUGGGAGGGAGGAAUGUUCUGUAAUGCAUAUGACGUGCUGAAAAUGGGCCUCUAAAUAGGAUUCAUGGAAGGCAGGCUGUUUUCAAGAGUGUUUCCUCACUUCCUGUUAGCAUACGUCUUGUCACUAAAUAUCACUCUAGUGCUGUUAGCUGUGCAAGUAGGACUCUACUGACACCUGGUGACAGGUGACAAGAAUUGCAGCAGAAUAGGAAAGACUACUUGGUACCUUUUUUUUUUUUUUAACACGAGUGGAAAAUGCCACAUACGAACUAGUUUUUAAUAUAACAGAUAACGGGUGCCAUACCAAAUGCUUUCUGUCCUUUUAAAUAAUACAAAAGCCAUACCAUUUGAAUUUAGGAGAGGACAGGGCAUGUGGUAACACGCAUGAAUAGUCUCUUUGCUAAGCAGGGUUCACCUUGGUUUGCAUUUGGAUGGGUGACUACAUCUGAGCAACAUCUGCUGUAAGAUAUUUCAUAGCUCGGUGGUAGAAGCAUGCAGAAGUCCCUGGCAGCAUCACCAGGUAGAGCUGGGAAAGACUCCUGCCUGUAACCCUGGAAGAGUUGCUGCCAGUCAAUGUAGACAAUACUGAGCUAGAUUGACCCAGAGGACUGACCCUGGGUAAGGCCACUUCCUAUGUUCCUAUUAAAUGCAGUUUUCCCCCUCCUUCCCUGUAAAAUGAUGAAGGCAAAGAGCAAGCAUAUCAGACACUGCAGUACAAGUUGAAGCUUGAUGUUAAUUAAGUCCGUGUCUGCAUGCAGUGAAUUUCCACCAUUUGUUUCAACAUAAGCCUUAAAUGAAUGCAAGCUUACCACUUUGAGGCUCUCGGCUGUGGGGAACUGAAACAGAUUUUCAUUGCGCUCAGAACAGCAGCUUGACCUAGGAAAGGUCAAGUCCUAGGAAGUGGAAGUCCUAGUCACAAUUCAGACGUUUAUUGACCAAUAACCAAUUGUGUGUGAGAGUGAGAGAGAUCUAAAUAAAUAAUCCAAAAGAUAUCCACAUAAAUAACCUAAUUUAUAACAGAAUGUAAUACAUUUGAACCAUUAGUAUAAGGGCAAACAUUCAUUAGUAUACGUAAAGAUAUUGCAGGCAUAUAAUCAAAUACUCUUGUAAUGUCCAAAGUAUUCUAAUAUCCACAAACUGGUCUUGACUGUACUGCAGAUCUUUUGUUCUAACUUUUCAAUGUAUAUCAGACACACUUCAACACGGUGUCUUCCUCAGUGACUUUUCCUGAAUUAAGCUUCAUCCAUGCAAAGGAUAAUGAGAUUCCAAUUUCCCUCCUGGGCACAGAAAAUUAUAAAUUCUCCAUAGUAAGCCUCUAACUAAUGUUUCACUUGGAAACGAACACCUACUAAAUAAGUAGCCCACAAGUCUGUUUAUAAUUAUUGGUCAAAAAUAUUUGAGGAAUGUAUUUUUUACUUUGGAAAACAACUGAGCUUACUCAGACUUUUCCAAUGACUCAUUUAAAAAGCCCUAGGACAAAAGUUUGAGCGUAAAAAGUGUGUGUGUGGGGGGGGGAAUAAUUAACAGCCUACUUAUCUUUUAAAAAACUGAGACAGCACUUUAAAAAAAGACUGUUCUAAGAAAGAUGACUCUAUGACGUGCAAAUAUACUUCUGAAAUUUUGUUUGCAUAGAACUCAGGCAGGGGAUGGUCAUGUCAUCUUUGUUUCUAAAAGGACAAUUUUGACAUGAGGAAUGUAGCCUUUGAUCCCACCCCCAUGUUUUUGCUUUGGCUUGGGUAAAACUAUGUGCAUUCAACUGUCAAUGUGGCAAUCUCAUGCACUGUCUUACUACUCGUAAGAAUGUGAUAUGUACAUGAUGUAUCCUUUGAAUAAUGUAUGAAAGUAAAAUAAAAAGAGAAUUGUAUUUGCAUUGUUGGCAGGGCUGGUUGAUUUCCACAUUUAGUUGUACAAGAUGACAGAGCUGGAUGCCAAGACCCAUAAAUAUAGUUUGCAUACUUUACAGUUCCCAUCUGAACAAUACAAUGGAAAUGGGAAUUCUUUUACUCUGUAUACCAGAUGGAAGAACCUGCAUCUCUUGAGCCUGUGUCCAAACCCACCUGAACUUGUAAAGUGCAAAUACUGCAGUGUUUGGUGUCUGUCAAGGGUGGAUUCCCAGUUUUUGCUUUUAUGCAGCUUUGCACGUGUUACGUUUUACCGUGAGCAUAACAUGGGGCAGUAUGUCAGUAUGCACUUUGUGUGUUGGGUCCCAGACCUGCAGCGCCACUGGGUACUCAACUCUGCCCUGCAGUGUCAACUUGCAAAGUACAUAUGUUUGUGAGAAUCUGCCAUUUUGGAAUGGGAUGGCAGAGCCAGCGAGCAAAGCAAUAGAAGAGGUCUUGUUCUCAAAAACACACUGUUUGCACCUUGUUAGAAUUAAAAGCUUUUAUUUUUGCCAUACAAAGCUCUAAUAACUAAGGUCAAGUAUUGGUUAAUGAAAAGCAAAACACAAUUUCCAAAAGGUAUGUUAAGGAAAAGACUGUACAAGUUAUAUACAUUACAGUACUGUAUUGUUUUUUUUAAAAAAAAAGAAUGCUUCGGCAUAGCUCAGUAGAAACCAGUGUAGAAUAAACCAUUUGCCCCCAUUUGCAUUUAACCUGUUUUUGAUGCUUUAAUAGGAAAUAAAUAAGCAAUGUAUUGAUCUUC